AUAUUUAACGGAAGUGACGUCGCGUAACCCUUCAGGUCGCGGCCUGGCGGGAGAGCUGAGGGUGACGCCGCUUGUGGCUGCCAUUGGAUGUUUGUUUGUUGAUGCGCGAGCCUCUGCGCGUGUUUACUCGUCUCCUCUUGCGUUCGCGCGCGCAUGUGUGCGCGUGUGUCUUUUUUGGGAGGUAAUUGCUAUGCUUAGCGUACAGUAGCGGCUGUCGAGAACCCCGGAGAGGAUUUUUGGCUGCGUGUUUGGGAGGCGGUUCAACAAUCAAUCACCUUCAUCACGGCCUAAACAUCAACGUCGUCAGCAUCAUUGGCAGCAUCACUGCCAGCAUCGUCAGUGCCAGCAAGCAGCAGCAUUACCCGCUUCAGCAGUCAUAAGCAUCAGCGUUAUCAAUCGCCAUCAGCAGCACUAUCAUCAGUGGUACAGAUAGUAGCGACAUCGUGACCAUCACCAGUGGCAGAUCAUCGGCAACACCAGCAGUUGUAGCACCGUACUUAAAAAAAUAAACACAAUUGUCAUCGCUGUUCUUCUGUACAACAAUUUGCGACCUCCGGGAGAAAGGUGCUUUAAAAGUUUAAGCUAUAAUCAGCACCACCCCUGCAGGGAACAGCCGCCGCCAUGAACGUGUCCAAGGCCGACUGCAUGCUCUUCUCGGCCAACUCCAACCCCGCCUGCGUGGAGCUGGCCCGCAAGAUAGCCGAACGUCUGAGCACUGAUCUGGGAAAAGCUCAGGUCUACCAGGAGCCAAACAGAGAGACAAGAGUGCAUAUCCAGCAGUCCGUGCGAGGAAAGGAUGUAUUCAUUAUUCAGACGUGCCCAAGGGAUGUGAACACAGCGGUGAUGGAGUUGCUGAUCAUGACGUAUGCGUGCAAGACAUCGGCAGCGCGCAACAUUAUUGGCGUAGUGCCCUACUUCCCUUACAGCAAGCAUUCCAAAAUGCGCAAACGCGGCUCCAUAGUCUGCAAGCUGCUCGCAUCCAUGCUGUGCAAAGCAGGCAUGACACAUCUGAUCACAAUGGACUUGCAUCAGAAAGAGAUACAAGGCUUCUUUAACAUCCCAGUGGAUAACCUGAGGGCAUCACCUUUUCUGAUUCAGUACAUACAGGAUGAGAUUCCAGACUACAGAAAUGCUGUCAUUGUGGCAAAGUCACCUUCUUCUGCCAAAAGGGCUCAGUCGUUUGCAGAGCGGCUGCGUCUCGCCAUGGCCGUGAUCCACGGGGAGGCGCAGGAUGCCGAGUCAGACAUGGACGACGGGCGGCACUCGCCACCGCCCAUUGUCAUGAAGAACUCGAGCUCCGCCAUCCACCCCGUCCUGGAGCUUCCGCGAAAACCGUCAAGUUCAUACCCAGGACUAGAGCUGCCAAUAAUGAUGCCCAAGGAGAAGCCACCCAUUACGGUUGUGGGAGAUGUUGGUGGAAGAAUUGCAAUUAUUGUGGACGACAUCAUUGAUGAUGUGCACAGCUUCGUGAUGGCUGCCGAGACCCUGAAGGAACGGGGUGCCUACAAGAUCUACGUAAUGGCCACUCACGGCCUGCUCUCGUCGGACGCUCCUCGGCUCAUUGAAGAAUCUCCCAUUCACGAGGUGGUGGUGACCAACACCAUCCCACACGAGGUGCAAAAGCUGCAGUGCCACAAGAUCAAAACGGUGGAUAUCAGCAUGAUCGUGUCCGAGGCCAUCCGUCGCAUCCACAACGAUCAAUCACCACAGUUCUCUCCUUCCUCCGGAUUGGGACAGCAGGGCAUACAAUAAACCCUGGGAGCAUCUUGUUCACCAAAGCUUAGCAGUCUUGAGAACACUUCAUGUCCAAUACACCUGCUACAACUUAAAAGUUGCUUGUCUUGUAUGUAGAAGUGGAGUUUUUUAUCUGUGAUAAUCUGGUGGACCAUAAAGGCUGGCAGGGUGCACGUAAUUUAUGCCAUUACAUUUUGGCCAUGGGAAUAUUAAAUUAGAUAAAAAUGUACUCUUAACAGAAAUGGCCUACUAGUUUGUCACAGACGUUUUUAUUUUGCAAGUGGAGAUUCUGAAUACUGUAUAGUUUUGACAAGAAGAUAAAUUAACAAAACCCUGUUUUACAACUCAGCACUUGUGGGCAUUAUAAGAAAAAGUUUGAUACAAUUACGAAUUCCUCACCUUAUUGCAAUUGUGUUCACAUGGUAACACUGACGCUGGAUAACAUUCUUGUUGUAAUGUAUAAAGGAUAUCCACAUUCCUGCUCCUUUUCUUUUACAGUUGAAAUAAUUUUUCCACUUAUCAUAUAUGAACUGUAGGUGUCAUUGCUUUUUCAUGAUUAAAUAUGUACAAAGCUCAGCAUCACGUAGUAUUGUUUAUUUUAUUAAUUGAAAUGUAUGCAACAAGCAUGUGAAAGUGUCUGUGAUGUGAUGUCAAUAAAACAUUUCCCCAAGCA